AUGCCCAACGCUGUGGCCGAGGCGGUCACCAUCACUGAUCCCACACGUCCCACGCAAACAAGCGUUAAUGCCGCAAAUCUUCACUUUGGUUCCGUUGGGGACCUCUAUGUCCAUGUCCCUUCCAAGGACGAAAGCCCUGUGUCUUCGAAUUUAGGUUCACAUGGUCAUGGAGCUGUGUCCUUCGCUACCAACGGCCCCCACCAACAUGGUGUAUUCUCCGCGCAGCCGCAUCAUCCCUGGCACGAGGCCGCUAUGCGAAAUGCCGGGGUGAAUGUUGCGAAUCACACCCAGGAUCAGCAUCGCACUGCAGAGGUACUGAAAGUCAACAGCGACACGCACAUGAGUGAGGACCCUGUCUCCGCCGACCAUACUGUUGAACCUGCGCGAGUUCCCGCACCCCACCCUUCGGUUCCUCCUCAUUGUCUUGUGCCAUAUUCCCGAUCAGAUGGCAAUCCUUCCACCAUUAACCAAGUCCCGAAAGCCGACUUCAUCCCUGGCCGCACUGCUGGAGACAACACUCGCGUGAUGGAGGCUGACGACGAUGUUAUAGAAUUAACUUCCUCGAGCGAGGACGACGGCGCGAAGCCUUUACAGCGCGGAGACAGCGUAUACCAAGGUCGAGCCACCCGAAGUCGGAUCAAAUCCGGCGCGACCGCUCCGCGCCCCGCACGAACCAGGAAAAUGACCGAGAAGGCAGCCAUUGCUGCCGCGCUCAAUGCCGACUCGUCUAAUACUGCACAUCAGCCAUCGUCCUCCACCACAUCUCGACUUCGACCUCGACCCCGACCCCGUGCUCGAAAGACACCCAAGUCCAAGGUUUUAGUUUCUUCCGAAGACGAUGAAACUAUACCGGCUACUCUCUCUACUUUGCCUGUCGCCGGCACUCCGCCUGCGGAUGUCGCUUCGUCUAUCGAGCGCACAGCGCUCUUGCCAUCUGCAUUGUCUAACGGCUCGCCUGAUAGGAAACGAGGGCGGGGUGAUGGCUUGGAUUCUCCGCCCAACGGGGAGGAAGACACACGCCCAACCAAAAAACCUUCGGUGGAAGAAGACAGCGAUCUCAUAUCUUCAAGUGAUCUCCCAGAACUGGCUUCAAUUUUGGGUGGUUUGGUUACCCGGGACAAGAAGUCGAAAGAGGCCAAGAAGAUACUGAUGAAAAAACUGAAUGGUCUCUAUCGAUCCUCGAAGCGUUGGAGAACAGGAUUUCUUGAUCUCGAAGCAGAAGAGGACGACUCCCUCGACCCCGUUGAGAAUGUGCUGGCCGACGAGGAACGAGGUGACCGCUGUGACGACGAAGACGUUACUGCCGACGCCGGUGAGGGAGGACCGGAUGAGUACGAUUUAAACGACCCUUUCAUUGACGACUCGGAACUCAUGGAAAAACCCAAACGCCGUGGAAAGUCACGCAAGAAUUCGACCCUGGCUACCCAUGAAGGCGACACUGCGAAAGACAGCGAGCAUGUAGACAUUGACGCGCCUAUGCCGGGCUUCGAACUUGAGGAUUUCGCCCGUCAGCGUGCUGAAGAAGUCGGACGACAGAUCGAAGAGGAUCGCCACAUCGCGACUGCCAUUGCUCGCAAUGCUGCUUUUCGCGAGGCUGCCCAAUCUGCUGAGGUGAUGAUGGACGUGGAAGGGUUACCCAAUACGGGGCCGCGCCGUUCGACAGCAGAAGACCAAUAUGGGGUCGAAUAUUACCGUCGUCAGCUUGAGGAGGCUAUCCGCCGCAGCCGCGAAUCUUCUGCUCAAUCGCUCUGGCAAUCGACACAGCGUUCACCAAAUGACGAUGCUAUUGGCCCUGGAGAGGCCACCGCAAAAACGACUGCGCUUGCUGGUCCCAUUCCUUCCACACCGUCCGCUUCGUCUCACUUUUCGUCGUCCGGUGGAACCCUCCACCCUCUUUCUACUCCACCUCCUAACACUCCCCUUUCCAACCAUCUCGCCUCCGUCCCUCACACUCCGUCCCCUUCAAGUUCCGGUUGGGAUCAUCGUUUAUCGUUACAGACUCCUAUUACGAAGCAGCUGCCCACGCCCCCUUUCACAGCCAACGCUGGCGGUUCAAGUACUCCCUCCCCGACCAAGGCGAAACCUCGACCUGCAAUCGAAAGCGCUUCACCUUCGACCAGUGGGGAUAUUUCUUCGGCACCGUCAGCGUCUCAGAAGACCGGGUACACGGUUCCUCGUCGUCGCUUUGGUAACAUGGGAAACGUUGACGGAACGCGAGCAGAGGACGUGUCUUCGAACGGCGCCCCGAGGAUGCGAUUUACAUUCCCUGAAAGAGAUGAAGUAAACGACCCGGCGUUACAGGAUGAACUCCUGGCUCGCUAUUACGAACAUCUUCCGCGAUUGAGGUGA